AUGGUCGGCCUCGUUCCCAGCCCAACAGCCAUCUACCAGGCUCUCCUGCCUACCUCGCCUUUCUAUAAGCCUGCUGCCAAACCAGUAGAGCACCCUCAGAAGCGGCCCAUCUUCUCGACAUGGAGUGCCGCAGACACGGCGAAGGACAAGGCCGGUGAAUUGAGCGCAGCCGCCCAAGCCGAGUAUGAGAAGGCAAGCCAGAAAGCUCAAGCCAAGGUCGGGGGCAUCGAGCUCUAUUCAGGCAAAUACUACGCCGCCUGUACAGUGGGAGGUAUCCUAGCAUGUGGUACCACCCAUACGGCUGUGACGCCUCUUGAUCUGGUCAAGUGUCGUCGUCAAGUCGAUCCCAACCUCUACAAGGGCAAUUUCGAGGCAUGGAGGUUGAUUAACAAGGCGGAGGGCAUUCGUGGAAUCUUUACUGGUUGGGGCCCAACCUUCGUCGGAUACUCAGUGCAGGGUGCCGGCAAGUACGGCUUCUACGAAUACUUCAAGCACCUCUACAGCGAGCUGGCUGGUGAAGGCAAUGCCGAAAAAUACAAGACAUUGCUCUACUUGUCUGCUUCGGCCUCGGCCGAGUUCAUUGCCGAUGUUGGUCUCUGCCCGUUUGAAGCUGUCAAGGUCCGCAUGCAGACCACGAUCCCACCGACGUUCACGGGUACUCUUCAAGGCAUUUCGUCCAUCACCAAUAAAGAAGGUGUUGCUGGAUUGUACAAGGGUCUGUAUCCUCUCUGGGCCCGACAGAUCCCCUACACCAUGAUGAAAUUCGCUUCCUUCGAGAACAUCGUCGCAGCCAUUUACAACUAUCUGCCUGGGCAAAAAUCGGAUUACAACAAGGGGGCCCAGACUGGUGUUGCCUUCGUCGGUGGUUACCUUGCCGGUAUUCUUUGCGCGAUUGUCUCGCAUCCUGCAGAUGUCAUGGUCAGCAAACUCAACGCGGAUCGUGCGCCAGGUGAGAGUUUCGGCGGUGCUUUGAGCCGUAUCUACUCUAAGAUUGGAUUCGCGGGUCUCUGGAACGGUCUACCUGUCAGAAUUGUGAUGAUCGGAACCUUGACUGGAUUGCAAUGGAUGAUCUACGACUCCUUCAAGAUCUUUAUGGGCUUGCCAACCACUGGUGGCGGUGACAAGAAGAAAUAG